ACCCUGAAUGUGGGGGGCACUCUAUAUUCCACUACUUUGGAGACCCUGACCCGCUUCCCAGAUUCCAUGCUGGGGGCCAUGUUUAGGGCUGGUACCCCUAUGCCCCCCAACCUCAACCCGCAGGGAGGCGGCCACUAUUUCAUUGACCGAGAUGGCAAGGCCUUCCGACAUAUCCUCAAUUUCCUGCGACUGGGCCGCCUGGACCUGCCCCGUGGCUAUGGGGAGACUGCGCUUCUCAGGGCAGAGGCUGACUUCUACCAGAUCCGGCCGCUUCUGGACGCCCUGCGGGAACUGGAGACUGCUCGGGGGACCCCUGCACCCACAGCUGCCUUGCUCCACGCAGAUGUGGAUACCAGCCCCCGCCUGGUGCAUUUUUCUGCUCGCCGGGGCCCCCACCACUAUGAGCUGAGCUCCGUCCAGGUGGACACCUUCCGCGCCAACCUCUUUUGCACCGACCCCGAGUGUCUGAGUGCCAUGCGAACUCGAUUUGGUGUGGCCAACGGGGACAGAGCAGAUGGGGGGCCACACUUUCGUUUGGAGUGGGCCCCCCGUCCUGUGGAACUCCCUGAGGUGGAGUAUGGAAGACUGGGGCUGCAGCCACUGUGGGCUGGGGGCCCAGGAGAGCGGCGUGAGGUAGUGGGCACACCGGGCUUCCUGGAGGAGGUGCUGCGGGUAGCCCUGGAACAUGGUUUCCGGCUGGACUCAGUCUUCCCAGACCCUGAGGACCUGCUUAACUCUCGAUCUCUGCGCUUUGUCCGGCACUGA